UGGAGAUGGCUGGGCGGCAAGACCCUCGCAGAACCGAACCUCUCAGUGGCACCCAACCAACGUGGAGGCAUCAUGAAGAACUUGCAUGUGCUUACCUGGACUAUUGAAUGGUGCCCAAGAUGCGCGGGCCAACAUCCUGGCAGGAGAAAAAGUUGAGAUUGCGGCAAGCAUAAAUAACACAAGCUCCUCGCGGGAAUUGUUCAGACAGAGCUUCCACGGCACCUCGUCCCCAAUCUUCACACGCAGCCACCAUGAAGCUCCUCACAGGCUACCUUCUCCUCCAAACUGCCGGCCUAGCCACGGCUCUGCCCCCCAAGCUCGAGGACUUCAAGCAAAAAGCAAUCGACUCCGGCGUCGCCCUCAAAGCCCUCAAUGGCAUCGCCCUCGCCAAAGCCCUCACCAAAUUCAGCGGCACAUGCACGCCCUCCAAAGUGAAAUACCGCCGCGAAUGGCGGACCAUCUCCAAGCCCGACCGCAGAAAGUUCAUCGCCGCGGUCAAGUGCAUCAUGGCCAAACCCAGCACGCUCCCUCCGGGGGAAGUCCCCGGCGCCAAGUCAUUAUACGAUGACAUCGUCUGGGCCCAUGCGCGAAGAAGCGGUCUCGUUCACAACAGCGGAACCUUCCUCCUCUUCCACCGCUACUACCUCCACACCUACGAAACGGAACUCUCCGCCUGCGGCUGGACCGCAGGGCUCCCCUACUGGGAAUGGGGCCUCGACAUAACCGGGCCCCAUCUCUCCCCCGUCUUCGACGGUUCCGACACAUCGUUAGGUGGUGACGGCGAGUUCAUCCCUAACCGCCCCCCUUUUUCAAUCCCUUGGAUCGACCCCCUCACACCGGAAAUCAUCAUCCCACCCGGGACGGGAGGUGGAUGCGUCAAGACCGGUCCGUUUGUCCAUCAUAAAGUCAGACUUGGGCCUUUCAACAUGACGGAGACGUUCCCUGUCGAGCCGGAGGAUGGGAGGGGGGACAAUGAGAGGUGUUUGAUUAGGGAUUUGAACAAGGGGUGGAUUGAGAGGUGGGCGAGUUUUAGGAAUAGUACUGAGUUGAUUUUGGGGAGUGGGGAUAUCUUUGAGUUUCACGUCAAUGCUGAAGGGGAUCCGAGAUGGGUACCGACCAAGCCGAUGGGUGUUCAUGGUGGUGGGCAUUCGUCGAUUGGCGGGGUGGGCGGGCAUGCUGCUGAUCCGGUUAUUUCGCCGUAUGAUCCUGCUUUUUGGUUGACGCAUGGGCAGCUGGAUAGGGUUUAUUGGAUUUGGCAGAUGUUGGAUUUGGAGAGUCGGAGUGACGUCUUUGGGACUGGCACGUGGCUCAACAUCCCGCCUAGUCCUAAUGUUACUGUGGAAGACAGCAUCGACGUGUUGCCUCAUCAGCCGCCGAGGAAGUUGAAGGAGUUGAUGAGUACGGUUGCGGGAAGCCCGUUCUGUUUUGUCUAUGUGUAAGUGAGACGAGGAUGAUGGUGUUUAUCAUUUACAAGCAGUUAAGGACUGGUAUAUUUGCUGCACUUCAGGAGAUGUCGUAGCAAGACAGUUAGAAAGUGUUGGGCAAUUGUGUUGGCUUCGUAGAGAAACGCCGCGAUCCCACUGUGACGAGAUAUCAGUCAGAUUCAUACAUGUUCAAUUCGGCUUAGUGCUAUUCUAUCAUCCA